AGGGCACGGUGGAUAAUGGCCGCCCGAGAAAGGCAGCAUUAGUUUGUUUAUCUUGUAACAACUAAAAGAAAUAUAACAAUAAAACAAACAAAGGGGUUUUCAGCCAAAUACGAAAAAGCGCAAGCAAAACGGAGAGUGGGAUUAAAAUACUCCGAGAAGGACCGUGUUUUCAAACACUUUGACAGAUAUUAAAUAUUCAGAUACUCAGAUCUGCAGCUGAGGAUCGCCCCGCUGUUGACCAUGGCCACCCCAGCCAGCGCUCAGAACCCCAGUAAAACAUGGGAGCUCAGUCUGUACGAGCUCCACAGGACGCCCCAGGUUUGUAUUACCGCUGACAAGCCCACUGCACAGGAGGCGAUCAUGGAUGGCACUGAGAUCGCGGUGUCCCCACGCAGCCUGCACAGCGAGCUCAUGUGCCCCAUCUGCCUGGACAUGCUGAAGAACACGAUGACCACCAAGGAGUGCCUGCACCGGUUCUGCUCCGACUGCAUCGUCACCGCACUGCGCAGCGGUAACAAGGAGUGUCCAACGUGUCGCAAGAAGCUUGUCUCGAAACGCUCGCUACGCCCUGACCCGAACUUCGACGCCCUCAUCUCCAAGAUCUACCCGAGCCGGGACGAGUACGAGGCACAUCAGGACAGGGUGCUGGCCAGGCUGAGCCAGCUGCACAACCAGCAGGCCCUGAGCUCCAGCAUCGAGGAGGGGCUCAAGAUGCAGGCCAUGCACAGAGCGCAGCGUGUGCGGAAGCACCAGCAGGAGUCUGACAACACCACGUUCAGCGGCGCCGAGGACAACUGCGACAGCCGCUCCCACCUGAGCCACGGCUCCGCCCACAGCGCUGCCCAGGAGGCGGGGCCCAGUCGGAAGCGCUCAAAGGCCUCCGACGAGUCCUGCCCUGACCUCGACCAGUCACACGAGGGGGGAGUGACCAGCCCCCACGAAUCAUCCAGCUCGGAGAUCGAGCUGGUCUUCAGGCCGCACCCCCUGCUGGUGGACAAGGAUCAGUACUCGCAGACCAGGUAUGUGAAGACCACAGCCAACGCCACGGUUGACCACCUGUCCAAAUACCUGGCCCUGCGCAUUGCCCUGGAGGAGCAGCAGAGGGCGCUGGAGAGCAGCGCAGGGGGCGGGGCCGUCAGCCUGGAGGAAGUGAGCGAGAAGCAGUACACCAUCUACAUCACCACCUCUGGAGGCCAGUUCACUACACUGAAUGGAUCCCUGACGCUGGAACUUGUGAACGAAAAAUAUUGGAAAGUGAGCAAGCCCCUCGAACUGUACUACGCCCACACCAAAGAGCAGAAGUGAUAGGCAGAAGUGCGCACACCCCCCCCCCCCUUCCUCCUUGCUUCCCUCUCGCUCUCUUACCUUUCUUGCUCCUACGCAAGCACUCGCUCGCUGCCGCCGCAUUCAGAAUGAAACACGGCCGUGUAAACCUUGGGAGAAAGACUGUGUUUAAAAACCCUGCGAAAGGAUCUUCAAUGGCAGAGCUGCGUUUUUGGGCGGUUCUCUGUUUUUUUUUUUUUUUUUUUUUUUUGGAAGGCAGACCACAACUACUGUUCUGUCUGUGUGUGAGUGUGUGGUUUUCUUUUUUUGUUAAAUAUAUAUUUAAUUCCCUUUCUUGCACAAAUAAGUUGGACCUGUUUUCUAGUAACGCAUACAGGCUUUUCCAGUGAUGGCUGUGUUUUCAUGAUGUGAAAGAGUCUCAAGGCACUGCAGGGUUGCCUAGAAGAAUCCUAGUCCUUAGCACUUCCAGUUGCCUUUGAGCUAACUGGACUUCUAUUCCAGGACAGGUUUUAAUUGAAACAUGAUUGAAGGCUUUGUAGGCGUUACCUUGUUAAUUAUUACCUUAACUUUUUAUAUGGAAAAAUAGUAUCGCCAUGUAUCUAGGCAACAUCCUUUGUAAAAAAAAAAAAUUAUAAUAAAAUGCCAAAUAUA